AUGGAGAGCUCAAAAAGUAAGAAUGAUGACAACUUGGGUGUGAAUAGAACCGGUAAGAAAAUUAGAAAAAGUCAUUUACAUGAAAACAACGCUCAUGCUUCCCUUCGUUACAGGCGACGCCAUCAUGGUGAUUACAUAUACACUAUAAGCAAGGAAGAGCUCAAGGACUUUGCUCAAUUUCACACUGGAUUACAUUCUCAUGAUCAUUCAACAAGGCCAAUUUACAAUCACCCGGAAAGGCAAAACAUGCGGUUAAACACAAUCAGACCACCACCAUUAUUGCAUGUUAAAAGGCCACCAAUGCUGGAAGCCCCCUCCCUGGCUCCUUACAAUAAUGAUGUUACAUUGCAAAGAUCUCCUCCAUCUAUACACACAUCAUCAAGUCUUGUGCCUAAUAUUCCUUCCACAGAAACAAAUGACCCUCCAAUUUUACCAUCUUCAACAUUUGAAUUCAUAUUGCCUUCUUCACCAACCGCUUACAUGAAUCUAGAAUCCCCUAAGUUCUAUUAUCCACCACUACCACCGAAAAUGCAAUUUCCAUCUUCUUUAACAGAUUUCCCUUUAUCUCCCGAUUCAGAAGCAUGUAUUCCAGAGCCACUGCUUUUUCCAGAAGAAUGUCCACCAUCACCAUCUGAAAUUCCUGACAUAACAAGUCCUAGAAGGGGAGAUCAAUAA